AUGGUUGCCCUCUCCAAGGAUGAUAUGACUAGUAUGUCAUUAGUUGAUGAUGAUUUUGAUAGAAUGACCCUUUUGGUGGACCCCAAUGUAACUUUAUUGAAUUCUUUAUUAAAUAUUUCUACCCAGGAUGACAUAGACACUCAACAUAUGAAAUUAGAUAACCUUUAUUUACUGAUCAAAUUAGAUUGUAAUAUUAAGUUGCAAAUCAAACCUCAAUUUAUGUCGUUCAUUUCUAGGGUAUUUACGGAGGUCCGAUUGUAUGAAACAUUACAAAAUAACGACAUCAAUACCAAUUUAAAAUAUUUUAAAUUGCUAAAUAAAAGCAUUGAUCUGGGUAGAGAAGUCAUUGAUCUUAAAUCUACUUCCCAAUUUAAGCAUAUUUCUAGAUUUUUUAUUGAAUUGAUGGAACAAAUGGAUAAUAAAGUUCCAACAGAUGGUAAAUAUGCCACUUUGGUGGUAGAAUUAUUGCGAUAUUUCAUGUUUUAUAGAAAUCAAACCAACUUAUUAGAUUAUCCACUGAUUAAAACAACAUCACAGAUCAUUAUUAAUUUAUCGGAUAAAUUGAACUACACAAUUAAUUAUAAAUAUAUUGUCACUACAAAUAUAUCCGUUGAUAAUCCGUCGAAGGAGGCAUCCGUUAGUUAUAGCAUGGCAGGAAGGAGCUAUAAGGAUACUAUAUCUGUACCAAAUCCAUGUAUCAUAGAAAAUAUUUAUGAAAUGGAUAUAUUACAGUAUUGCCUGGUCUUAGUUGCGUCAACCAAUGAGCCGAAUGAUUCAUGUACAGAGUUAUCCAAUGAUGCAGAUAUCAGAAUAUUCAUUCUAAGUCUGUUGAAACAUAGCAACAUUAAUUUAAAAUGUGCCGCAUUGCAUUUCUUACUAUAUCCUUAUUUUUCAACGAGUAUGGCUUGGAGGGAUACAAAGACAGUAAACCAACUGAUGCCAUUCUUAUUAAAAACUUUUGAUUCUAAAUGUGUUCCUUGGUGGUUUGAUCCGUUUCAUAACCUAAUUACGUUGUUGGAACUUUAUAAUCAAAAAAUGCCAGGUGGGAACCCUGUAGUAGGAUUUUUAAAAAGAACAAAUCUAAUUCAUGGAUUUAUGGAUUUAUUCUUCGAAAAAUUAAAGAAAUCCAAUGGCUCAAAAACCAACCAAAACCUUCUGAUACAGUUCAUUAAAUUUUCUGCAUGUUGUUCUGCUUUUGAUGAAAUAUAUAGACUAGAGCUACUAAAAAAUGUUUUCCUGAUGGAUCAGUUAAAAAGAGAUAUAGAGGGUCAUAUAAUAUUAUUGGAGGAUUUUUUGAUAAAUAAGCAAAUGUUCAUCGGGAUGAACCAUGAUUUACCGGCUUUAAACAAUAGUGAGAUAGUCGUUGUUUGGUUAGAAUUAUUGAAAUCAUUUUCUAGAAGUACUGCAGCGUUGAGAACUACUUUGAAAAAGAAUAACUUGACCAAAAAUAUUAUGACUAUAUUGAAUUUGACUUAUUCGAUAAUGAAGGAUUGCUAUUUUGCAGGACCUAUUUUUUUACAAACUGAAAUAAAAAUCAUGGGAUUGUCAUUGGGUAUCCUAUGUAACUUUAUUGUUGAGUUUUCAAAUGUUCAGUAUUUCCUUACUGACCAAGGUAUUGUAGAUAUCUGUAGUGAUAUUCUAAAUGAUCCGUUAUUUAAUCCAAAAAGGACUUGGAGAAAUUUAACAAGAAAAAUGACCUUAGACACCUUAAAUGUAGAAGAGGUUAAAACAAACACAUUGUGGGUAAUAAGACAUCUGAUGUAUAAUAGCCAAAAUCAUGAGAAACUAGAGUUACUUGAAAAAAUCAGUAUCGAUACAAUUUUAGAUUUUGUUAAUGAUCCUUGUUGGACAGUACAACAACAAUGCUUCCAGGUGCUAAAAAAUUUAACUUGUAAUUCUAGAAAAGUAAUCAAUUUUUUGCUAGAGAGAUUUAAGAACGUAAGAUACAUGGUAGAUCCAGCUGAUGGAUCAAGAGUCGCAGUUGGGUCGACAUAUUUGUUUGAAUUUUUAGCUAGGAAAUUGCGUUUGUUAGAUGUUCACGAUAUAUCGCAGAAAAGAACUUUAGAAGCUAUCCUUUAUAUUAUUGUUAAUAUUGCAGCUGUAAAUGAAAAUAAGAAGGAAUUGGUCUUAGAACAAACGGAUAUCUUAAGGCUCAUAUAUCAGAUCCUUUCUGAAACUCCAAACAAUUCAGAGAAAUAUGGUAAUAACAGUGAACUGAAAUUAGCAUGUUUAUGGAUACUCCAUAAUAUUUUGUGGGACUCAAAUAGACAUGAAAAUUCACGGAAUGCACUGUACUCAAAUGCUGAGAAUAGUAGUACAUCUACAAAUAAUUCUUCUCAAACUCUAGAAGGAGUCGAAUCUACCAGUAAUUAUUCUGGUCUUCGUCCGAAUGUCUCCAUGAAGACUGUUGACCGUUGUGAACGUUUGCAAGAACUAGGCUUUCGUGAUUUAGUUAAAACAGCUGUCUUAGACUCUAACAUCAAUGUAAGACAGAAGGCUACAAACCUGGAUGAUCUUAUGUUUAAAUUACUUAAUGGUACUUAA